AUGAUGCAUAGUUUUCAUUAUUAUGAUUUUAUCAUUUCAGGAAAUGAAGCUAAUGUGUUUCGAUCGCUUCCAUCUAUGAACAAUGAUAUCCAUAAAAACUUGAAUUCUUCUAGUACAAUAAAUUCUCUAUUACCUUUACCCGACUGGCAAAUAGCAAAAAAUUUAUGGAGAAGUGGAUGGCCGAUAUACAUUUAUGGAUUUUCCUCUCUUUUUCUGCUAGUUUCUCUAGUUCCAGUACUUUUAUGUAUUCGUUAUAAACAAAGAGUAUAUCGACUCAGAGCUGUAUUAAAUAUAAUUAUUCUAUUAAGUGUUGGUGGAUUAAUAAGACUUUUCUACUUAGUUGUUGAUCCUUAUGGAUAUAAUCAAAUUCUGUCUCCAGUGGUUAUCGGAGUACUUUCACAGUUGAUUUACCCUCUACUUUGUGCAUCUUACGGCCUCUUUCAAAUCAUGUUAUUACAAAUGACUCGUCUUGAUGUAGGAAAUAGUAAACUUCGUAAUUCAACGCCACUUUUAGCCUGGACACUCAUAUACCUUUUCUCUAUAGUACUUAUUGAAGUUAUCGUUUAUUACGAAAAUGAAACAAAAUUUUUACUAAUCUUAGAUAACGGCUUCUUUAUUGUGUUCGCUCUUUAUUUAUGCAUUAGUUUCAUUUGUAAUGGAUUUCGUCUGUCUCAGUAUGCAUCAGAGACUAAAAGAGUGAGAAAGCAAUUUGAACUUUUUAAUAACGAUAGAAAAAAUUCACAACCGCCCAUAAGUGUGAGCAGAUCAUCAACAUCAUUACGCUUGGCUCGACCUCGGCUAAAAAUAACUGAUAAAUAUCAAAUGACAAUAACAAUAGCCUCGGAAGCGGAGACGACCUCGUCCGACGAUUGUUCAGUAAGGACUCAGACUCGAGUCCGGAAGCGUCGUCAUAAAAAGACUCAUCAAAAUGUCAAGCUUGUGACGUCACAAUCUGGAACGAGAAGUGAUGUAUUUGAUUCCAAUGGAAAAUAUUCUGAAGAGUCUGGAUUAUAUGGUGUUUCUGAUACCUCGGGCGGUCUGGACAUUCUUAACAUUUCACGAAACCACAUAGUUACAAGUGAUACACAGCAAUUAUCUCCCACAGUACAUGUUCCCAGUCUCGAUUUAAUGGAACAAAGCUGUGUAAAUUAUAGCUCCGGAGAAAAUAGUUUACAUUGUGAUAACGAGACCAUGUGUCCCGAAGCAAAUAUUGACCAGUUUCCGGAAGAAAAUGGCUACAUGGCGGAUACUGAAAUAGUAGUAGAUUCCCCGAAGCGUAGUGGAAUAAAUUACAAUCAAGUUAAACAAGAUAAUGAUGUUUGUGGUCCGAAUGAAAAUCUAUCAGAUCAUUUAAAAUCAACAACGUCUUUUAUCAGUUUAUAUAGAAUUAGGCAAGGUUUAAUGAUUCAAAAAACUAUACAAAUAACCUACUGUACGACAUUCCUAUUUCUCUUUGCUGUUUUAUUACAACUGUAUACGGUAUUUGGUGUCUAUGGUGUUCUUAAUACCAAUACACAUCCCGAGCCUUGGCCCUGGUUCACAUUUCAAACAUUUUUCAGAUCAACAGAAGUGGGGAUAUGUACAUCUUUAUUGAUGACUGUGUACAUAGUGUUGAAACAUAGAAAACAUUCACGUCGAAAACAACGGACUUCACAACUAAUAUGUGAUGCCAACUGUGUUGUGUGAACAUUUUACAAAAAUACAUGUAUAUAAAUGUGUGUAAGAGUUACUGAUACUGAUAAUAAUCGUAUCUGGUGUUUCUUUAAAAUUUAUAUUUCUUCAUUACAUAGAUAGCUAUUUCAUCGGAUAUAUAAAUUAUUGGUACAUGUAACUGACAUUCUUUUCCCCAAAGAACUCUAUUAUGGUACUCCAGAUAUCACAUAAGGAAGAUAUACGAAUAUUGUAUUUAUUAUGAAAAGUGUGCAAAGUUCCCCUUUUCAGCAAAAAGGAUACCUUUCAAAUUUUCUUGCCCAGGACAUAGUAAAUCCCAAAUGAUUAAUAUUGUUUUGAAAACCGAGGGACAUAUAAAAUAAUUGCCAAACCUAACUAAGUAAUGACCAAGAAUAAAAUUCAUACCAAGUUUUUAUUGUGCCUAAUCGUAUGAUGAGAUUAGAAUAUUUCGGUAAGCUAAACUUGAGUGUGUUUUUCGAUGCCGGAGACUACUGGUAUGGUCAUUUAACCCUCUGAAAGAUACUUCGGGCCAUAUGAUUACAGUUUUCCACUUAAAGAAUAAAGCUAUUUGAUUAUUAAAUAAUGUUAUUAUAUGGUU